GAGAGCACAAGCAGGGGGAGCGGCAAGCAGAGGGCGAGAGAGAAGCAGACUCCCCGCUGAGCAGGGAGCCUGAUGCGGGACUCGAUCCCAGGACCCUGAGAUCAUGGCCUGAGCCAGCAUUUCUCCUGGCCCCAAACAGAAGCUCAGCAGACACUGGUUGAACGGAUGGAUGACACUCAGAAAUGGCUAGGCUGUGUUCUUGUUUUGGAUUCAGAAAAUAUCCUUACUGUGCUAUGUGACAAGACUGAGUCUCCCACGCCUUUAUGUCUUCGUGUCCCUACAGGACUCUGCACGUCACUUGGCACACCGUCGGUUCUGGUGGCACGGAAUGGAACUAGGGACUUAGCUACAGAGGUGCUGCCUCGCCUGGUGGGGAUUGAAGGCCACCCCGAGGCACCUGACACACUGCUGUGGCCACAGUUGGAGGGACUGUCCUGUCACAAAGCCCCCGGAGACAUGAUGUCACACACAGAGACCACUCUCCUUGCUAAAGGGAGGGGCUGGGCCCUGCACUCCCAGACUUAGCUGGGCUCCGGUGCCCUUCUCUCACUCGGUUCUGGAGCCAGACGGGAGGGGAGGAGGACACUGCCUGGACACUGAUAUGGUCAGAGGGGGCCCUGCAGGUCGCUGACAUCAUCGAGGUUGGCAGCUUUGGCAAGCGGUCUCGAAGGCUGUCCUCAGGAAAGCAGCCAAGCAGACUGAAAAUGGUGUUUGGACUGGGCUGCCAGAGAGAAAGGCUCUACAAGCCCCUGUACAUAGCACACCUCUUCAUUCUUGCAGGAGUGGUGUACUACUAUUUUCAGGGGUCUGUGGGGAAGCCAGCCCCCGACCAUGAGAUUGCUGGGGAACCCUCCCAGCUCGUAGGGGAGACCCUAAGGCCGGUGUGGGGGCUGAUGGAUAAGUGCUACCCUGUGACCACUCAGAGACGCAGAGCCAAGGGCGGGAAGAAGCAAGCCUCUGAGGCCAUGCCCCCCAAGAGCGGUGCUGCCCCCAGGGAGGAGACUGAGCUCUGGUCUCAGCAUGAAGGGGAGGUGAGGCCCCCAGCGAAGGAAGCAGCCAGCCCCAGUCCGGGUCCUGCUGCGAAGGCGGUAGCUGAGGAGGAAGAGGGGGCAGGGACCCCAGGCUGGGAGGAGAACACAAAGGUCCGAAAGGAGAUUGCAGUAUACGCUUCUGGUAAGACGGCAGACCCCGUCCCGCUGCCCCGGGACCCUGCAGAGCUCAGCAGGCCGGCCUCUCUCAGGCCUCUGGCCCUGGGUUGGGGAGGGGAGGGAAGAAGCCCGGGUAGCCAGACGCCCCGUCCUCCCUGAAUGUCUCGGCUGCCUCCUGCUUCCUUCCUGGUCGGCAGGAACUUGAGGCCUCUCCCCUUGGUUUGGGGGAGUAGCGAGCGUUUCAUCAGCGCCAGCCUCUUCCCCCAGUGUCAGAGGGCGCCCCGGCCCUGGGGAAGGGUCCUCCCCGCAAGGGACCCACAGGGCUUGCCUGUCUGUGCU